AUGGGACGAGGAGCAUGGAGGGACUUGGCACAUGGACGCAGCUCAACUGGAUACGCAAAGGAAGAAGGAGAAGCCAUCUUGAAGACCAGCUCGACCGUCUACUCGACCAACCGGUCGAGUUCCUCAACUCGACCGGCCAAGCUUCAACUCGAUCGAGCUGAGAAGUCAACAGUGUAUGCGAACUCGAUCGAGUCGGUCUACAGAGACUUGGUCGAGCUAGACUUUACAACGGGUAGAAAGAGGGUUCAGAGGUCACAGAGGGUACAAGAGGAACCUGAGGUGCUUGUUGCUGAUACAAUGGAUGUACCAGAGGGGAAUGGAAACCCUUUGGGCAAUGGACUCGGUCGAGCUAGGCAAACUCGACCGAUUGGUCAAGGAGAUGCUCCAAACCGCCACCAACAGAGACAAGGGAUUGUUCCACCACCAGUGCAGAACCACAACUUUGAGAUCAAGCUGGGAAUGAUCAACCUUGUCAGAACAAGAUGUUCCAUGGAUUGCCAACUGACAAAGCUCACCAAUGGGAGAAGAGCUUGCCCCAUGGCACAAUCACCACUUGGGAUGAAUGCAAGAAGGCCUUUCUUGCUAAGUUUUUCUCCACCGGUCGCACAGCCAAGCUUAAGGAGUGAGAUAUCCAGCUUCAUCCAGCGAAACAAUGAGACAUUGCUGAGGCUUGGGAGAGGUUCAAAGGGCUACACAAGUCAGUGCCCACACCAUGGAUUCAACAAUGAAUCACUACUCUCCACUCUUUAUAGAGGAUGCUUGCCUAGGUAUAGGGAGAUGCUAGACACAGCUAGCAAUGGGAACUUCCUCAACCAGGAUGUAGAUGAUGGCUGGCAACUUGUGGAGAACAUAGCUAACUCAAAUGGAAGCUAUGGAGAAGAGUAUGAUCGCACCAAUCGGAGCUCGACCCACCACUCGAUCGAGUCAGACGAAAAGUUGAGAAAAGAUGUUAAGGCAUUGAAUGAGAAGUUGGAUAAGCUGAUCUUAGCUCAGUCCACAAUGAAGAAAGUCAACUUUGUGUCUGCUGAGGAGAUGGAACCAGUCCAAGAAGGGGAGGAUACACAAUUUGCUGAGGUGUGCUACAUGAGCAAUGGGCAAGGAGGUUACAACAAAGGAUACUAUAACUACAAGUCCAACCCUGCCAUGUCAUACCGCAACACUGAUGUUGCUAACCCUCAGGACCAAGUAUAUCCUCAACAACAAGCAGCUCGAUCGAGUCAAGCCACAACAUGGGUAUGGUCAAAAGAACAAUUACCAAGGACCACAAGGCACUUUCCCUGGACAACAAUGUAA